UAGGACAGCUAUGACCAUAAAGAAUUACACAGACAACUUAUUUACAUUUCACGAUAAUUGGGCAAUCGGGGCGGUACCUUGUGAUGUUGCAAUUAGACCGUAGAAUGAUAGAUUAUUGGGUCAUGUGUUCGUUGAUUGAAUGGAGGAGGUGCGAGAUUUCGGAGGGAUUUAGGUUUGAUGUGUGAACAAAGAGUGACGGAUGGUUAUUCAGCGUGCCAUUCAGAGGGAUCGACUGCUGUUCAUAUUGGCCGUGUGGGCUCGCUUAUGAGUGAAAUUCACAACAUACGGUCGAUUUGGUUGGCCAGGAAAUGCUUUCCACACUGGAAAUAGUUUCUUUGUUCUUUAUAUUUAUCAUACUGAUAAAUGAUUGCAAUAAAUUUGUAGAUUUGAGAUACAUGUUCCAGCACAACGUAUGAUAAUGCGUUUUUCAUAAAUAUUUUAGUAAUGUAACACAUGUGGUUGCUUAUAUACUAGCACUUAGAUGCUUGUAAGUGUGUGCUAUGAAAACGUUACUGUUUUACUAGUUGUAAAUUGGACUCCGACUAAUCACGUUGUUUGCGUUUUGCCUUCGUUGUUAAUAGAAAUACUGCAAGAUAAAAAAAAGUGUAUGUGACUCGUCUAUUAUGUUUAGGUCGUAAUCAUAAUUAAGAACAGGCUAUAGUUACGCCAAACGCCGUGCAUAGGUUUUACAAUCCGUUAGGUCUACGAUAUUAUUGCAAACAAUAUAUGUUCAGCAGCAGAAAAUUACGAGUCCUGUUAUGUACACAUUUCACAUUUCCUACAAAAGCUAAAUAAAAACAAAGCCCUGCGUGUUCUCGACAUGCUGUUAGUAACAUAUUACAUAGCAGCCGUCAGAAAUGUAGAACAGCCCGUUUAUACAUUUAUUUUUCAUCUAGGCCAAACCCCUUUGAUUAGAGGGUGGGCCCGCAGCCUGUGAGUGACUUGGCCACUGAUAUGAUGACAAAGGGCUCUACGUAGCACGUGCUUUACUGCCAUAUCACGGGGACUUCCCGUUGACCUUACGUGUGGGGCGUUUUGUUCCGUAUCUUGCUGCUAUUAAGUUGUUCAUAUACCCUAUUUUUAUCUUUGUUUUCAUAUAUUUGAUAUUAAGUUUAUGUGAUAGAUACUGCUGUUGUUGAUAAUAGUUAUUUUCAUCGGUUGUAGUAUGCAGAGAGUACGGCAACUGAGAUAGUGGCCAACGUGCUUAUAAACGAAUAUUUGCUUUGGGAAUAAAGGUUUGGGUAAUGACAGUAAUUUUUCAUAAAAUAUAGGAAUAUCUUCAUGUGUUUGUUUGUUGAGUUUUAUUGAAACCAGACUUAGAUUGACUAAUUAUUACGUGAUUAAUAUGAAAAUGUUUUUAUUUUCUUUUUUCCUGAGAGUUGUAAAAUAAAGAUAUAAACAGUCGUGACUGCUCGGUUUGCCCCAAGUUUUCUAAGUUUCUUAGUGUGGCUGACUGCAUGCAGUUCAACUUGUUAGAUGUGUGUAUAAAAUCAUGAAUUUAUAAAAAUAAAGCUUGAUUAAAUCAUAGUAGAUCAGUGACGCUCAUUUAAAAUGCCAUCACAGUAACAUGAUUAUCUGUUCUAUGACCUAUUCACGCUAUAUAUACUGGUACAUUUCUUUGAUGGUUCAUGCAGUUAUUGUAGGCAUUAUCCGGUGCAUCGAGGCACAUAUUAAGAAAGGUCGGGUCAUAUUCCAUAUAUGGGUGUUGUUGCCAUGGUGCUGGAUGUCAUGUGAUCUAGAUAUAUUGAGCUUUUAUUCACUAGAUGUCAGUCAAGUAAGAUUACGGCGGGUCAUAUUGAUCGUGUGCUGCAAGGAAUAAAUAAUACCAUGGCUCCUCCCUCCAUAAUAAAAUUAUGGCCCAGGUGGAGGUCCCUUGCCCGUAAAUGAUGGCCAUGUCCCACCCCGCGGGUGUGGUCCCCAUCCUGGCCACCCAGGGGAUUCCAGUGACGGGGUACCCUGGGGUUCACCUGGUUCCAGCUGACCAUGUGGCUCAUGUCAGUACAGCAGCAGCAGUGGCCCAGGCACAGGGAGAGGCGGCUGCUCACAGUGUGGCCCAGUUCACAGGUCAGGCCAUAACAUCAGUACAACUCCAAGAGGCUGAAGCUGCCUUAGAGAAUGACAAGAAGGCCAUCUAUAAGCACCCCCUGUUCCCCCUGUUAGCCUUGUUAUUUGAGAAGUGUGAGAAGGCCACCCAGACCCCAGAGUGCCCCACGGCAGACGGCUUCAAUGUGGACAUCCAGGCCUUUGUCCAGCAGCAGGAGAGGGACAACAAGCCGUUCUUCAGUGAUGACUCUGAGCUGGAUAACCUGAUGGUGAAAUCUAUACAAGUGUUAAGGAUUCAUCUACUGGAACUUGAAAAAGUAAAUGAACUGUGCAAGGAUUUCUGUAACAGAUACAUCGCCUGCCUGAAAGGAAAACUCCAGAGUGAAAACAUACUAAGGACAGAGAGUUCCAGUGGGGAUAGUUUAGAUGAUAGUUUUGACUCCCCCCACCAGGGGCUCUCUCAGGGUAGCCCUGGGGUGUCAUCUGGGGUUACCACAAUGGGGGGAAGCACAGUUGUGCUACAGAAUGCUGGAGGUGUCCAGCAAGCCGCGGUGGCUCUAAACCCGGGACAGAUAGUGUCUGGAGGAACUGUGUACCAGAUGGUGCAGACACCACAGGGAAUUGUGGCACAGCCGAUACAGAUCCAGACAGCAGUACAGCCACAGGUGGCCUCUGUGAUACACGGCAGUACACCGCUGUCACAGAUAGGUGUCCCCACCGUCAGUACGCCAGUGUCACGCACACAAACAGUAACUAGUCCCCACCCUUCCACGCCUUCCAUGCCCUUGUCUCCGUCCGAAGAUGAAGAUUCAGCCAAGAAAAAAGCGAAGCGAGGCGUGCUGCCAAAACAGGCCACACAAGUGAUGAAGUCUUGGCUGUUUCAGCAUAUAGUGCAUCCAUAUCCCACUGAAGAUGAAAAAAGGCAGAUAGCAGGACAAACAAAUCUCACUUUAUUGCAAGUUAAUAACUGGUUUAUCAAUGCCAGAAGACGGAUACUUCAACCCAUGUUGGAUGCCUCCAAUCCAGAGGGUAGCAAAGCCAAGAAAAACAAGCCUCAGAACAACCGCCCUGUCCAGCGGUUCUGGCCAGAUAGUAUAGCAAAUCUUCAGCCUCAACCACAGCAAGUGUCAUCAUUACAACAACAGCAACAACAACAACAACAGCAGCAGACCAGUACUGGGAGCACAGCUGGUCCAACCCCGGGUACCAUCACUGUCGUACCUUACUUCUCAUCAGACGGUCAGCUCAUCAGCACCCAGGCGGUCACUCUGGAAGCUCUGCAGACCUCAGCGUUACAGACGUCUCACGUGAACCCCAUGUUAAGUGAGGCCCAGCCUACGGGUGCCAACAGCCCCACUCUCAUGGUCCAAAACGGGGAACAGGACGAGAAAGACAAUGAGGAGGAAGGGGCGUUACAGAGUAGCGACCUGGGCAUGGAGAAUAGUGACGAUGAUUCAGACUUGGUCGGGGAUGACUGAGGAGGAAAAUGAAGUUGGGGGAAAAAGAUAUGGGUGAUACCUGGUUAUAAUAAAUACCUGAAAAACCAGAGAAUAACACAAGACAUGUUGGAUGUAAUGUUGGAAGACAUUUAUAUGGAUGACUGUGAUUUGAAAAGAUAAAAUCUUCAGUGAAGAUGAAUUUGUGCCUUUGAAAGAUUUGGAAGGUAGAUAAUAGUGCUCAAUGUUCAUUGGGACCUAGUGGGUCAUCUAAAGGCUUUCUUGAGGAGGUGACCAAGUAAGGAAGAAUUAUUUGGUAUCUGGCUUUAGUGCCUAUGAACCUAAGAACUAGAAUUCUUUAGUAAGUGGGAGAGGAAGAAAAUUGUACUGAGACAAAGAUUUUCAUGUGUUGUAUACUAGGUCAUCUUGCCUAUGGACAGAAUUGGAGAAGGAAUAUUGUAAAGCAAACAGUAUAUACUGGGUUGUAAAAUCAUGUGAUACUCUGUGCAAGGAUCAUGUUGUAUGACGGUAAUCUGCAUCUGUGAAAUAUUUCCUGGAAAUUAGAGGUUUUUAACAAAAUCACCUGGAUGUCAUCGGUACCUCGGAUCCCACCACAUCAGUCUAUGCAAUGUAUAGUGUUUGUAUGAAAGAAGUGGAUGAAUCAAAAAAGACCCACUGCUACAUGUAGAUUUGUGUCACAGCACACGUUAGAAUUGUGACAUUGAGAGUUGCAGUGUGCAAAUAUAUUUAGAGGUAGAAAAACUGUAAAUUAUAUAUACGUAUAGACCUGUUUUAGUUCUUUAAUGCUGGUCAUCUUCCAGCUUAAAACCAUCACAAUGGUGCUCAGCAGAAAGGUUGUAAACUAGCUUAAGAUGAAUAUGGCUGCAUUUACAAAGGCAUACUAACUAGUCAGGGGAUCGAAUAUGGCUGACCCACUUGAAUACUUGUUGCAUAAUCCCCGCAGGGAAUAUAUACAGUGCCUAUUAGGGGAUAAGGGGUUUUUAGGGUGGUCGCUGUAUUUGAUCAGCGAACUAGUUAGUCUGCUGCUGUGAAUGCGACCUAUGUUUCAACCACUAUACACUGUUCUUAGUGUUCCCAAAGAAGACCAGCUGUACUGAAUAGAUUACCAAAGGCAACUUUAACCAAUCUCACGUCAAAGCUUCAAACUUCAUAGGUGCUACAAGUCUAAACUUAAUUUAACACUGGUUUUCAGAAGGAAAAGUAAUAUGAAGACGCAUCUGUUGGUGCAUGGUUAAAUGAAUUGUGAAUCGGAGAGUUGAUGCUAAAAACUCAGAGGAAAUCAUUAUUUGAUAUGCGAAAUGGGGUGGUCACAAUUUUAUAAUCUUUUUUUAACUACAUGGUGGAUUAUAAAGUGAGGGGGUUCAUUUUUGUUUGUUUAAUCAGUUAUAGGGUGUAUUGAGGCCCUUAGUGAAAAAGGGAGCUUUUGUAUUCUUAAUUAUGUAAUAGUACUUUGCAUUGUUUUAGGUUUUGAUAUUUUGGUAAACAGAAGCUGAUCAUACAUUAUUAGUCUGGGAUGGAGAAAUUUAUUUUGCCAGUUGGCAGUGAAAGACAAGCCUGCUAUGUAACUACAAUGGUAUGAAAAGGGGAUUAAUUUUCAAGAUAAAAAUAUAAUGGACAAAAAUAUAUAAAUGACCUUAGACUUCACAUUUUUUUUAAAUGUCUGAAGCGCAAUGGGGACUCCGUGCAGAAGGGGUGAUGGCACAAACUGCUUCAGUGUUAAUUAGGCUGGAUAUCGAGUAGAACUAUUUUGUUAGCAGUUAUUACUUAAAGAUUUCUCAGUUUACCAUUAUCCCAUCUGUACCAGAUUGUUGAGUCACAGGUGGAAUUUCUGUUGGACCUUGCUGUAAUCCUACAAUAUGGGCAAGGUGGGAUAGAUCCCAGGCUCAUUGAUCAGUAUUAUAUAGACAGGGUGGGAAGAUUGUGUCUGUAUUGUUUAUUUGUUUUGUGGUUUCAGAACACCAUUUACUUUGUUUACCGUUUUGAUUUACAGCUCUUAAAUCUCAUUUUAAAUAUUUUUUUUCAUGUGAAAAUGUAACUUGUGUAGCCUGUUUGCAUGAUGUAGAUUUUAGAGUAAUUUAUUGCAUUUAUACCAAACCAGUUUAUGUUAAUAGCACUAAUGUCUUUUCAUACCAGAUAGGUUUCCCUUUCAAAAAUUCCAAAACAGCUUAAAGGUGAGACUCAAGAGCUGCACCCCUGAGUUUCAGAGGUCACUUUUCUUCUGUCAGCAUGCUGUGGAUACCAGACACAACACAGGCAUGCUGAUAGCAGGAGUGCAUUUCCAGGGGCAUCUGAAACUCGGGUGAUGAGCUGAUGACAGGGUCAAACCUUGAGCAUUUAACCAGUCAACUAAGACCGCAUUCAAAACGGUGGUCCAACAGAACUGCUGAUCAACUGAAAAGCUUGCCGCAAAAUCCUCUAGGAGACACUGAAUAGAUUUUUCAGAAUUGUGCAACAAGCAUUUAAGUGGGUCGGCCAUAUUUGAUCCGUGGAUGUGUUAGUCCACUGUUGUGAAUGGAACCUUACAGAAAUGGUCAAAAUAAAAAAAAAGGGAAAUGAGUUGUGAUAGGGAGUUUAGCAUUGAAAGCCUUAAUGUGGUAUAACAAACUAUCAUUAAAUACCAUUUUUAUGAGGCCUUGUGUAUUGAAGUAGUGGUAGGUAGUAGUUAAAUAUUAUGCCGAGGCAAUCUUCCAGGGGGGCAGCAAAUUGGUCUGUAUAUUAUCCAGUGCUUGUGGGGCAUUUUUUU